AUGAAUAUUAUCACUUUGAAUUACACUUCACCGUCGUCGUGGGCCAGUCUUCCAGUUCGUACGGCGAGGCUCUUGCAGCGUUCGCGGACUGCCACCCCGUCGGAGGUUGGCAGCGAUGGCAGCGCGUCGCCGGCGCCGGCGCCCUCGUCAAUUCUGCAGGACGUCGUCGACAUCAAGACCUUGCUGUUGCAGCUCAAGCGAGUCUUACAGGAGCCCGGGGAGGAGCAUCAUUCGAUGAGUAGCGAAACUCUCGACCCGUUGCUGGCGGCGUGCGCGGAGAGUCCCGCGCGCGGCAACGGGCGCCGUCCCCCCGCGGCCGCGCUGCCGCCCGACGCCUGCGCAGAGAUGCGCCGCCAGAUAGUCUACCUGCAGAGUCAACUGGAGGAACGGGACCGGCUGGUGCGCGUGCUGCAACAGCAGAUGCUGCGCAUGGCGGAGAGCCACGAGCCGCGCAGCGACGACACAGUCAACGUCGCAACGCAGACAGACCGGUUGCGUCCACCUAUGAGCACGGGGCUAACGAGUUCUGAAAAUUCCGGAUUAGUGAGUUGGAAUGAACAAACGGGCGCGCGGAGGCUGCCGGCGUACAGUGAAGCACAAAAGACUAAGAGGACCGUUGGCGGCGGCGCGAAGUGUCAGUGCGGUGCGCGAUCGAACGAGGCCGAGGGGCGGGUGCAGCUGGCGAGGAACAGCCGCGUCGGCACCAAGUACCUGCAGGCGGUCGCCAAGAGCUCGGACGGGAGGCGGUACGCGAAGCGCGACUCGCCGGGACUGUACCAGUCGCGCUCGCGCUCGAUAGAGAACUUCGGGCGGCGGGCGCAGGUACAGUCGCCGCCGGAAGCGCUGCGCCACCACACGUCGUACGGCGACCUGUGCGGCGGCGAGGGCGCGAUUUCCCGCCACAGCCCGCUCAACGGCCAGUCGACGGACACGGACUACAGCUCGGACGGCGGCUACAAGUCCCUGCCCUCCUCCAUCAACUGCGGCCAGCUGUCGAAGAAGGUGAGCGGCAUACCGCGCCGCUCCGAGCACAGGUUCCCCGCCCGGCUCAAGGCGAGCGCGGUA